GACAAUCUAAUUUCCGCACAUAAUAAUACGAAGAACACUAGAAACAUACGGAAUAGCAUUGAUCAUGAGCUCAUAACACAAAGAUUUGGUUUGGCUUUGAAUCUAUGAUGUUGCAUGAAUGCACAUAAUUAAGGUCCCACCACCUCAAACUUCCAAAACGAUGACCAAAUCAUGAAAUCAAGAUAAUCAUAAAAAUAAAAAACCCUCACAUAUAAAAUAUAGUGUGUUAACUGUGUAAAUAUUCGUUUAAUUACCAUAUAUUUACCAAGUAUAAAUUCCUUUUUUUUUUCUUAUCUCCUAAAAAAAUCAGUUACAGAAAAAACCCCAGAAAAAAAAAAAACCAAUCAAAUGAAAACCCUAAAUCUUCAACCACACACACAUUCACUGUAACUCUUCUUCCAUCCCUUUUGAAUAUCCGAUCUUCAAUCAAAAACCCUAAUAAAUUUCAUUUCAAUUUCUUCAAAUUCCCCAAAAUUUCCCACGAUUUAGGGUUUGGUUUCCAAUUCACCCCAAAUGAAGGUCCACCCAGCACCGAAGAAGCGAAACAUAGCCCUACGAUAUGACAUCGUAUCAUCAUCGUCUUCAACAACACCUUGCAGAGGUCAAAAGAAGCUUCGAAGACUUCCGCACAUCUUCGCGAAGGUUCUAGAACUACCCUUUUGCUCAGACGCUGACGUGGACAUCGAAGAAACCGUUGAUUUCUUCAAAUUCACGGUGUUUGACACGGAUGUGGCGUCCGAUGUGGUGGCGGAUACGGUUGAAAUUCACCCAGGUGUCACGAAGAUAGUGGUCCGAAGUAAUUCGAUUGCUGACGUGGCGAUGACGGGGCUUGAGCUCGAUUUAUGGCGGUUUCGGUUGCCGGAUUGUACUCGGCCGGAAUUAGCGACGGCCACAUAUGACGGCGGCGAUUUGGUGGUGGUGGUUCCGAAGGAGGAAGAGGAGAGAGAAAAUGGGAGAGAGGUUGUUUGGGGUGAGGGCAAUCUUGUCAUUGUACAGUGAAAUUGAUGACUGGUGAGAGAGCUUAAAUCAAAGCUUUUUCUUUUAAUUUUUAUUUUUUAGUUUUAAUUUUUCUUGUGUUGGUUAGUUUCCCUCGUUUUUAAUUAUGUUUCUAUAGUUGAAUCAUAUGUAAUGUGGGAAACAAAAAAGUUUGCAAUGCCAUUUUGGGCUUUUUAUGCUUUCAAUUUAGUUGAUCAAUGUUCAAUUAUGUUCUUGAUUUAACAUUAUUAUAUUGGGUAAAUUGAUGCUGGGAUUUGUGAAUUUUCUUUUAGUACAGUGUUAUGAUGUGCAAUUUUUUUUUGGGAUGUUCAAAAGUUGGGUAUUUCUUUUUGUUGUGAUUGAUUAUAAAGUUUAAGGCUUUUUAGUGGAAUGAUGGGUUAAGCUUACAUUGUUUGUAGAAGCAUUGUUAGGAAGCUUUAGGUGUUUUGAUGGGGGUGAUAAUGUUAGUGUUAGUUUGAACUUCAUUAGAGACCAUCGAUGGCGAUAUUGAUACUACUAUUCUAUGUUGUUAUAGCUGGUAUAGCUUCAUUUUACUUGUGGGAGAUGAGACAUCAGAAUUAAUACUUUAACAUCUUGUACACCCUCUCACCAGACAAGCAUUAAAAAUACAACGAGGCAAGCCCUGUUUCUCGGUCAUGGUAAUAGUGUGAUCAUGGUGGCAUGUUAUUAGAUAUUGUUGUAGUUACAUUUGAACACUAGGACUUUUUCGACUUGUAUUUCCUGGCAUGGGCCUUUGAUGGUGAAAUGGUGUAUUGAUUAGUACACUAGAUUUGUAUUUAAAGUUGCUUCUGAUUAAUUGUGGAGCCUUGGAAGUGAGGUCACGUAUGGGGUAUCUAUAUGGUUAAAUGCUAUACAUCUAUUUUAUAUAGGAGUAGCUGAAUAGGUUUCUAGUUAGAUGCUAUUCUCUGUCGGAAUUUCAUCUUUGUUUCACUAUCCACAUCCAAAGUCCUCUGUUUUUUAGUGCUGUAUUAUUGUUCAUGACGCUGUGAAUUAUCAGUGAGGCAUUUGUUUUGAUUUGUGUUUAUAGUUAGAUAGAAGAUUCCCCUCAGAGUACUCACUUUCCCGUUGAUGCUUGUAACAUAGAAGCAUUACUUGUGCGUGGUCAAGGAAUUUGUUGCCUCUUCUGUUUCUCUGUUAUGGUGAUUGAUUUCCAAGCAUUUUGUAGUAGAGAACCUGAGUUGCUGACUGCAAAGUUGCUAAUUUUCUUCCAAUUGUUGGUGCGUACACAAUUGCCUGUUUUUGUGCUUUCUAUUAGUGGCAUCCAUGGUAUGAUAAUUGUACUAACUCUUGUAAGUAGUUGAAAAUCUUAUGUACAUGGAAAUAUCAGAUUAUUCAGGGUAGAGGAAGGAAAGGGUAGUCUCCCAUCCUCUAGAUAUCUUAGUUGGGAUUUGUUCCCAUGCCUUCAAGGUUACUAGAAAAUAAACCUUGAACACUAGACGUAGACAAGCUUGGUAUGUGGUGAUUUACACUUGUUCAUGUAAAAAACUAGCUUGUAUUAUCCUUUUCUAUUGCAGGUUUAUCUUUUUCAUAAAGCUAAUUAUUAAACUUAUCAAUAGUAGCGUCAUGAUUUGGGACUUGCUUUAUGUUGUAUAAGAUUGCCUUUUAUGAAACCCUUUAAUCCCAAACUUUGUGACCUUUCUUUGUCAUAAUUGUAGGGAGUUCUUCACUUCGUGUUUAAUUUCUCUCACUUUAUGCUUUACAAAUUCUAUGAUACCUUACUUUACCAGUGUCUCAAGGCUCUUCCUCUCUUGUAUGUUUCGAGUUUGUUCAUCUUUGUUACUAAUGCAGUAGUGCUGGAGCAGCAAUGGUCCCGUAGCACGUGCCUUAACGGGCACCGCCUUUUAUGCUAUGCGACUCGGUGACAAUUGAAAGAAAGUGGAGAUGGAGUGGAGGGUGGUCCUGGUUUGCAAAUGCACUAUUUUCUGCUACAGAUAAUGGCGUAUGAACAAGAACGACGAGGAGAAAUGGGAGCAAUAAAGUACGGUGAUGUGUUUGAGAUGUCGGGGGAAUUGGCGGAGCAGCCUAUUUCUCCGAGGGAUGCGGCGGCGAUGCGGUCGGCCGAGACUCGGGCAUUUGGGAAGACUAUCAAAGGUGGGCCUGCUUCUCUUAUGCUUGAAGCUGCUGCUAAGAAUGUUAAAGCUGGUGUUGUUGUGCCUGAUGACACUCUUUCUUCUGAUCAAAACCUGGUGGAUGACAACCCAUGGCAUGAUUCUCAACUGUCACAUGAGCAAAUGGAAUCGGCUAUGUCAGUGGAGGGAAUGGGAUCGGGUUCUGCAGGGGUAACAAUUGGAGAAGCACUGGAGGCAGCUGCUGAGGCUGUAGGGGACAAACCUGUAGACCGAUGUGAUGCUGCUGCAAUACAAGCUGCAGAGAUGAUCGCCACUGGAUAUAAUGCUGGCUUUGGUUCUGGCUUAGGCGCUGAAGCUCAGGCUGCUGCCACUAAUAAUGCACAAAUGAUGUAUGAUGAGGACAAAACCAAGCUCUCUCAAGUCCUCGAGGAAGCGACAAAUAUGCUCACAGAUGACAAGGUAGCAACGAAGUUGGAUGCUGAACGCAUAAAAGCAGCUGAGCUGCGAGGUCAUUCUGGAGGGGCUAGUGCGGAAGAUUCACUCCAUCUCUGCGGUGUAAAACAGACCACUACUCCUGGUGGAGUGGCAGAGGCUGUGGAGACUGCGGCUAGGAUUAACCAACCUGAGAAAUGAAUGUGACUUACUACUUACCGGCUAAUAUACAUACUUGAAUGCUGUCUAUUUUUCUUUCCAACUUUUUUGAGCUUUGUUUUCCACAUGUGCUGUGAAUGUGGUGUAAUGUGAGAUCUCAUCUUAAACAGGGCAUGAUUUUGUGAUAACGGUUUUUUUUUUUUUUUUUUUCAUGUGUCCCACUUAUCAUCAUCAAUUAAGAUGUUAUCUCGUAAGUCUGUAUGUAUACCCCAUAUGUUCUCCUGAUCUUAUAAUCUAAGUGAUGUGUCAAAAAGUUUAGUUUUAUAUGAAA